AUGGUGACCGCCGUCUACUUUAAUGAGAUGGUCAAAAAGGCCAAGAAACUGACGUCCAGUCGGAUCAAAUUACUCCACUACCGGUUGUCAGGUAAAUGCUUAUUUGAAAUUGGGUUCUUUAAUCAAUUAGAAACAUUUAAAAAGACACCUUUCACUGUAAUUUAAUGAUCCUUCUGGAAAAGGUAAAAAAUAUCGUUUCUCUCCCUUUUUUUAAUUCAACUAAACAGGAGAACUUUCAGAAAAUGAUAUCAAGAUAUUUAAACACGAAUACCAAAUCGAGGACGAGAUCGGAAAAGGGGGAUUUGGAACGGUUUAUUCGGCCUUAAGAUUAAGAGAUCAAGCGCCUGUGGCCGUGAAAUUUAUUGAGAGGCAAAAGAUAUUUGAAUGGGGACAGGUGAGAUUAAAAAACCGCUUAAAAACCGACCUUUCAGAUAAAAGAAAAACAAGUUCCAAAAGAGAUCUUCAUGUUAUCAUUGACCACUGGUAUAAAGGGGACUGUCCAGAUGUUGGAAUGGUUUGCUAUUCCGGAUGGAUUCCUCAUAAUUAUGGGCAGACCGAAGCAGUUUAUUGACUUGUACUCACUACUAUCUAAACACGGUCCUCUAAGUGAAAUGGUAAGGAAUGCGACGUAUAGUAAUAAUCAUGAAAUAUUACUUUACAUUAGAUGGCCCUAUUUAUUUUCAAACAAUUGGUAAAUACAGUUACUGAGUGCUUCAAAUUGAAAAUUCUACAUCGAGAUAUAAAGGUAGGCCGACCUAACGAGAUAAAACUACGUUAAUUUUAGGAUGAGAAUAUUGUGAUUGAUUUGGAAACGGGUAACAUACUUUUAGUUGAUUUUGGAGCUGCUACGAUUCUAGAAGAUUCAAAGCCGGUCAAAUUUCAAGGUGAGGUGAUGCAUUAAGUAUUAGGAUGUUUCAGGAACCCGGUUAUACUGCCCUCCUGAAUGGUAUACUCUAUCCAUAUACCUUGGGGCAGAGGCUACUGUAUGGUCUUUGGGAGUGGUACUCUAUUCAAUGCUCAACCAACAACUGCCAUUCCUAACCGAACGAGAUGUAUAUACCAAACAUUUGCUUGGGCCAUUGCCAAAAUUUACAGACUACUCUAAAGGUAAUCGAAAGGGUAGUUGCAUCACCUUAUCUUUCAGACGUGGAAGAUCUCAUUAACAAUUGCUUAACUCAAGAACAUGACAAAAGGAUAAAACUCAACGAUCUCAAAGACCAUUCCUGGCUUAAAAGACAGAAUCUUCAAUGGGAAAAGAUAUAUGCUCCCAACUAG